CCCAAGCGUGGCUGGAUGUGUUUGAUAAGUUUUUUGGUGGAUUCCCCGCUAAAUUGUUCUAACCUACACCAAUUUGUUAACAUUAGUUAAACAGUUCGACUGUCCGUGUAACUAUAUUAGCGAAAAUAUUUCUGGGUAACACGAAUCCUUCUCAACACGGUUGGCUUGUCCUUUCAUUGUCAUCUUGAACUCGGAAACUUCCAAGUUAAAAAUCAAUCAUGAGCAGCGGUGAUGGCAAGAAACGCAAGAAGAAUUACUACAAGUCAUUCGCCAAAAAGCGCAGAGUCGGCUCCCUGGAAACCGACAUGACGGGCUUUCUGGUCACCUUCGAGCGAAGCGAGUCCCAGGCCGUGAAGGACUGCUACGAGUUGCUCAACGAAUACGCCGACAAAAUAUGGGGUCCUGAAAAACCAGAGGAUAAAGACAGCAAAGCGUCUAUCGAAGAUGACAUAGCUGCGGAGCUCAGUGAGCUCAAGGAGUCCAAAGACAAAGUUCGCCGCUUCCAGAAGGUCAAGACGGAUGUGGCUAGAAACUUUUUUGUGACGACUACAGUGGAUGACCCUGGGCGUUUGGUGACAAGCAUCUUCGAGGACCUCAAGGCAAAGCAUGAACAGCGUAGCCGCUUCAUCCAGCGCCUGCUGCCCGUGCAGACAACUUGCAAGGCCCAUCUGGACACAAUUAAGAAGAAGGUGGAGACUGUGCUCGCAUCCUACAACGACUCUGCCUCGCCCGAGGUCGCUUACUUGGUCGCUGGAAAAAUCCGUCAAAACAGCAGCCUUCAGCACAAGGCGAUGCUUCUGGAGAUCGUGCAGGUGGUGAAGAGUGCCAAGCCUUUGUGGACGGGGGAGUUGCACAAGCCAGACUUGGUGCUCAUGAUAGACGUGUUGCAAAACAUCUGCUGUAUUUCCCUGAUGCCUCAUUACCUGGAAUUCAGAAAGUACAACCUUCUGGAAGUGACAAAGCCACAGCCAGACUCAGAGAUGCCAAAGGAACCAUGUGCUAGUGUGCCAAAGGACAACUGCGAGGGCAAGAACGAGAAACUCGUGAGUGACGAAAAAGCAGCAUGUGAAGGAAAUGAGAAACCCUCUGAUUCUGCUAAAGACAUUAGAACAGACGCUGGAGAAGCAGCAGAGAGCAAACCAGACAGUUCAUCAUCUAAUGGUGGCACCGUGGAGCCCUCAACAAACACAUCAGAAGAUGAAAAUGUAGGGUCUCACAAAGCUGAAGAAGCUGCCAAAGACUGAGACUUUUCUCUCAAUUUUCACUGACCCUUUCCUCCACCUUGCUUUUUAUUUUGACACAUGGCAUAGAAAAGCUGGCAUUAAAUGUUCAUUGUUAUCAUUGAUGUAAGCGACAUACACUUGAGGGAUGCAUUUA